AUGAAAAGGAGUCACCCUCACUUUGAAGCCAAUGGCGAGGCGUCCUCGGGGUCGUCCCCUCAGGGCGCCCUCCAGCAAUCCCAGUCGGAGAAUGACGCACGUCAGAGCCCGCACCAUGUCCCAAAGAUAUCACGAAGGAUACGUGCUUGUACAGAGUGCAAGCGACAUAAGGUGCGAUGUGAUAUGAGUGCGGGGGAGACUAUUUGUCAACGAUGUCGCCGGAUGGGCUUAGAGUGCGUCGUCAACAAAAGCCUCCAGACAUUGCUUGACGACGAAGCAGAAUGGAAGUCGACUAUUGAGCUUGCCAUGGCCGAUUUACUUCGAAAAGCCCAAUUGCCUGAGUUGUCGUACUACCAAGCGUUCGGAAGAUCGGCUGAACUGCCUCCUAGAAAGAGAGGUCGCAAAGAGUCAACGGCUUCAAUAGAGGAUACUCCUCCGACUAUGGGUCAUAGACCGACGGAGUCAACUGAUAUCGCAGCCCAUGCUGGUGCUGAGAGACCGAACCCUCCUAGAACCGCCUUGCAACAACAACAACAACAACAACAACAACAACAGCAACAGCCACCGCAAUAUGCUAUUGAUAAGGAAGAGAAUGGCGCAACGUCAUUAGUUACUGCUCCUAUGGGAAGUUUGUAUGAAGUGACUCAGCUGAGUGAUAUCCGGGCUAGUUCUCCCGAACGACAGCAUGCGCAUGAUCUCGUAACGGAUUUUGUUUCUCGUGGAGCAGUAGAUUUACAAGAAGCAGAGGAAUUAUUUGAUCAUUUUGACCGCGUCCUCAACCGCUAUUUAUGGGAUGGCAUAUUGCUGGUGCAUAAGGACCUCACAUCUUUGCGGAACUCAUCUUCUAUGCUCUCUGCUGCCAUUUUCGCCGUAACCGCUCUCCACCUACCCAACAAAGAGCGGACCUUCGAUACAUGUUAUACCGAGUUCGCAAAGCUGGCGUCGGAAUCGAUGCUCGACAGGCAUCAUACUUUAGAUGAUCUGCGCGCAUUGUGUAUAGGGGCGUUCUGGCUCGCCGAUGUGAGUUGGAAGCUGUCGGGGUAUGCAGUGCGCAUUGCGACGGAACGUAACCUCCAUCAAGCCUAUCGAAGAGCCACGCUGGGUUCCCCGGAACACAAAGAACAGGCUAGACUCUGGUAUCUCCUCUAUACUUUAGAACAUCACUUCUCUAUUGCCUACGGGCGUCCACCUAUAAUUCACGAAGACUACAGCAUCACAAAUCAUCACACCUUCAUACUCUCCCCGUCGGUAUCGCAGUCUGAUCUCCGCCUGCACAGCCAGGUGGAUUUGUUCAUUAUACUCACUAGAAUAUACCAUGCCUUUGGCCCCGACGUUGACCUAGAGGUUCCAGAAAGUGAAUUUUCUACGAUAGACAAAUUUGACGCCGACCUCGGGGAUUGGCGAUCCGCAUGGCUACCACGUUUAGCUGGAAGUCGGUAUGUUGGUGCGUACCCUUACAAAGCUGUAUUCCUACACUAUAAUUUCUGCCGCUUGCAGCUGAAUUCUGUCGCGCUACGAACCUAUCAUUCUUCGAAUUCGACGCGUCCCAUGUCUACUGAACGGAAGAAGCGUGCAAAUAUAGCCAUUGAAUCUGCGAUCGGGACACUAAUGGUAGUCUUGGAUGAACCCGACAUACAACGAGCUCUGGUUGGUGUUCCGCUGUACCUCCACAGCAUGAUCACAUUUGCGGCCGUUUUCCUUCUGAAGAUUGCUGCCAAGGGCUGCUCGAGUGCUACCCAGAGCGGCCAAAGCCAACAGAAUUCGAUUGCAUCCGCUGGCCUCCACAUCGACGUGUCAUAUGUGCGUUCUUUGGUCGGUCGAAUCAUUGAGCUGAUGGUGUCAUGUAGCAAGCGAGCUAGUGAGCGCCAUCUUAGCCAUCAUAUAUCUCGUGGCUUAAGGAAAAUGCUCACGGGACUUGAGGAAUGGGAAAAGCGAACCUGCGGCACACAACAGCCCCCUGGACACAGGCCCCGUGAUAAUACUUCAAUGUUCAAACCCGUAAUAAUUCCUGGAGCGGAACCACUAGGCGAGCGCGACACGAUCUUGAAUCACCCACCUCCCCUCUUAGGGGUUGCUCCUUUAUCCGCGGAAAGAGGCAAUGGAUUCGAAUCCGAAGUAAAACAACAAAACGGACUUUCUGAGGGCUCUGUGGACCCCAUGAUGGUUGACCUGUGGGGAUUUGACGAAGAAUACUUCCCUACUGGAGUGUUCGAUUUUCUUCAAUCCCAGAUGCCCGCUUGA